AUGCCGAACAACCUGAACCUUCCUUCCAAAGGUCUGCAGCAAUUGCAGCAGCGGUGCAGCUCCAUGGCGCUGUGGGAGCAUCGGCCCGCCGCCGGCAGCAACGCCAUCUUUCCUUUGCGUCGCACAAACCCGGCCAACACCUCGCCCAUCAUGUCCACAGAAACAGCCGACCAGGCGCCCGCCGUCUCCGACCUCCCCUCCGGCGACCCCAUCCCCGCCGCGCCCCCGCCGCCGACCGCCGCAUCACCAGCUCCCAUAGCAACCCCGAAAGGCACAGCCAAGAAGCCCACCCUCGCCCAGAUCCUCGCCGCGACGCCCUCCAACGUCGACGCCUUCGUCGCCCACCUGAACCGCUGCUUCGCCACCCCGUCCGGCAUCGACGCCGUCCUCUGCUGCCUUUGCUACACCUCUCGCUUCUCCGCCUCCGUCAUCGACUCCCUCAGCGCCUCCGCCCUCCGCCACUCGGCCCGCAAGCUCGUCGCCCUCGCCUUCUCCCUCCCGCCCGACACGACUAUCCUACUGAGCAAAGCGCCGCCCGCGGCGGCGGCCGCGAGCCGCGGCAUGCGCGUCGCGGGACACCUGCGGGCGCUGGCGUCGCUUCUGAGCGAGGCGCGCACGAUUACGAGGUUGUGGUCGCUGCUGCCUCUGUACCUCUGGCUCCGCCGCCUCAUGACGACGCCGGCCAUCACGGAGGAAGAAAAAGAAAAAGGUACAAAGGACGCGUCGGAGGCGGCGCUGGAUCGGGCCCUCUCGUGGUUGCAGGUCGUGGCGUGUCUGAUCCUGCAGUCGCUCGAGAGCUCGUCGUACCUCGCGUCCAAGGGGGUGCUGCCGAUGACGCCCAAGCAGCAGGGGACGGCGGCGCGGUGGAGCGUGCGGUUCUGGAGCGUGUUCGUGGGCAGCGAGCUCGGCCGGCUGGCGAUCGAGAAGCUGCGGCGGCGGGCGGCGAUCCGGCGCGGGGAGCUGGAGGUUGGUAGCGAGGAGUACAAGGAGUGGGCGGAUGUCUGGGGCAGGACGCUGGCGAGGCAGGCUUCGUGGUUCCCGCUGACGGUGCACUGGAGUAUGGAUAAGGGGUUCGUGCCGGAGAUGGGGAUCGGGCUGUUGGGGAGUAUCCCUGGUGUUGUGCAGAUGCGGCAGCUGUGGAAGGAGACUGCUUGA